UCCAGUCCCUGGUAGAUUCUGAGAGGGCAAGGAGCGUGUAGGCCAAUAUAAAGCUCGAACAGCGAAAUCGUUUGGCUACACAAAAAAUCCUUCGCGAUCUAAGUCAUGGAUCCUUUACGGAUGGCACUUGUCAACGCUGUGUCCACAGUCAUUAUCGCCACAAGACCACUUACCACAACAUACCAGUGUGGACCUUUUUGUCCUCCAGAGAAUGUCACAAUGAAAUCCUGCGUCACGCUAUGUUCUGAAGAAGAAAUAGAAGAAGGAGAAAACGGAGAGACCGAUCCUUUCCGUAUUACGGUUCUUGCUGAGGCUCAUCAGGGAAGAUUCAGAGACGGGACACCGUGCUUGAUUGAAGACGACGAGGUUCUUGAGCGUGUUGGGGAGGUUGGUGAACAAGUGGGCAUGUGUUGUGGCGGAAAUUGUCUGGAGAUAAAGGAUGGUCGAAAUCCCUGCAAGAGCAUGAUGCGCAAAUGCCAAUUUGAAGAAGAAGUACGGCUAAACUUAACGAUACUACGAAAGCAGUGGGAAAGUAGAAGAAGGAGGUCAAAAAGAAAAUAAUUUUCAUCCAAAUUCACCAAAACCAAUGAAAAUAAAUAUACAUGCACGCACUGAUAUUCAUA